CCACAUGAUAACCUGGGUAGAAACCGCAGCUGUGUGCUGUCGCCCAGCGUUUCUCUGGAGGGAAGCUGGGGAGGCUUUGGUGGCUUGGGAGACCAAUAAACUUUAACAUAACCGGAAUUGGGCAAAUCACAGAGUUGGACUGUCAGUUUGAGGCCCUGUUGGAUGGAAAGUGAAGCUUCCUUACUGUCAGAGAUUACUGCGAGACACCUUUGCUGAAUCUCUCAAAUCGUCUCAAAAUGACAGAAAUUGUAGAGGAAUAUGAAGAAUAUGAAGAAUAUGAGGAGGAGGAGGAGGAGGAGGUUGUGGAAAGGAUUUCAACGACGACUGUCACUGAGCACAAGACUCAGUUCUUACAGUCUGGCUUGCCCACCAGGAAAGUAAGGAAGAAGGUCAAGGUGGAUACUUCCAAGUUCAUGACUCCAUACCUGGCCCAUAGCCAGAAGAUGCUGGAGCAGUUCAGCCACAAUAAGUAUCGCCAGGCUUAUGAAAUGUCCAAAGGGACACCUCCUGCCAUCGUUACUGAUACGCCUGAAAUGAUUCGUAUCAGGAAGGCCCAGGAGCAGCUUAGCGAGGUUAAAUACCGUAUGGAGGGAAACAAAGCUCGGACAACCAGCUUGUAUGACGGUGAAGCAAGAGAGAUUGCCCACGUCAAGCAUGUAUCUGAGCUGAUCAGCAAGGUUCUGUACAGACAGAAGUGGGAUGAGACCAAGGACAGGUACCUGCUGCCUCCUGAUGCUCCUGAGCUGGUUCAGGCUGUGAAGAAUGCUGCUAACUACAGCAAAAAACUUUAUACCGAGGCCUGGGAUGAAGAUAAGACCAUGUACUACCCCUACAGUGACAGUCCUGAGCUCCGUAGGGUGGCCAAGGCUCAGGAGGUCCUUAGUGAUGUUCACUAUAAGAAGGGCCACCAUGAGCGCAAGGCUAAGUAUACUUCCUUGCCUGAUCCUCCUGAAUUGGAGCUGGCCAAGAGAGUGUCCCAACAGCGCAGUGAUCUUAAGUACAAGGAAGAUUACAAUAAAAAUGUAAAGGGUCAGUGGUGUGAGACUCCUUACUUCGAUGUGGCGACUGCCAGGGUGGCAAUGGAGAACCUCAGCGACAGAAGAUACACGCAACAUUAUGAGGAUACAAAAGACCAAAUUUAUUUCAUGCAAACAGAAACACCCACUUAUGAUGCAAACAAGAAGGCUCGUAUUGCUGCUAGUGAGGUCCAAUACAAGAAGGAGUAUGAGAAGAAAAAAGCACAGUCUGACUACAACACGCUCCCCGCCACAGAGAAUCCUCUAUUGAGGCAGCUCAGAUAUGCUGGCACUAUCCUCAGUGAUAAAGUAUAUAAGGCUAGCUAUGAGAAAUCCAGGGGUUUCAGCAUCAACUACUGUGACACGCCCAAGUUUCAGAUGGACUCAGUACUUAAGCAGUUCUCUGAUGCACAUUACAAAAAUAAGUAUGAAAAUGAGGUGAAGGGCCACUACAUUGGAAGCUAUGAGGACCUUUAUAUGCUUCACUGCCAGAAAGUCGAGGAAAUGAAAAAUGAGCAACUAUAUAAAUCUGAUUAUGAAGACAUUAAAACUAGAUGCUUCUUUCCUCAAACAAUUACGCCUGAAUACGAAGCUGGGAAGAAACUUCAUCAAUGCAACGAUAAAGUUUACCGGCAACAUCCAGACACAGUGAAAUUUACACAAGUGGUGGAUUCACCAGUUCAAGUUCAAGCCGCCAUCAACGCCAAACAGCUAAGUGACUUAAACUACAAGGCAAAGUACGAGGAAAUAAAAAUGAAGAACAGUCUACCCCCAGACUACCCCUUCUUCAUCCAGUCCAGAGUUAACGCUUUUAACCUCAGUGAUAACUGCUAUAAGUAUGAUUGGGAGAAAACCAAAGCGAAAAAGUUUGAGAUCAAAGGGGAUACCAUCUCAAUCCUUGCUGCCCGUGCUCACACAAACGCCAUCAGUGAUGUUAAAUAUAAAAAGGAGUAUGAGAAGAACAAGGGAAAGAUGGUUGGAGCCCUCAGUAUUAACGACGAUCCGAAGAUGCUGCACUCUGUCCAUGUGGCCAAAAUCCAGAGUGAUCGUGAAUACAAAAAAGACUAUGAAAAAGUAAAGACCAAGUAUCAUACACCAUUGGAUAUGUUGUCAGUCACCUUGGCUAAGAAAUCCCAGGCAAUUUCCAGCAUGGCUGGUUACAGGAGCAUCAGCACCAACUAUUUCCUUCCACCUGACAGCGUCCUGCUGGAUCUGGCCAAGAAAGCCAACGUUAUCCAGAGUGAUAAUGAGUAUAAGGCUGACUACAACAGCUAUACCAAAGGUACUCCAUGGGUCCCAUAUGGCUCAUUGGAAGUGGAAAAGGCUAAGAAAGCUGCAGAGAUCCUCAAUGAGAAAAAAUACAGAACACACCCAGACAAGAUCCCAUUCACAUCUAUUGACGACCACCCCAUCAUGAUGCAGGCCAAAGUCAACCAGCUUCAGAGGAGCGAUCUGUUCUACAAGCGAGGUCUAGAGGAGAUCCAUCAGAAGUACUCUCUGCCCCCGGAUGUCCCAGAGUUCCUUCAGGCCAAGUGCAAUGCCUACAACAUCAGCAAGAAUUACUACAAGUUUGCUUGGCAGGAGCUGAUUGCUAAGGGUUAUGACCUGAAGCCUGAUGCCAUCCCUAUUGUUGCUGCCAAAGCUGCCAGACAUGCUGCCAGUGAUGUCCAGUACAAAAAGGCUUAUGAGAAGGCGAGAGGCCACCAUGUUGGCUUCCGCAGCCUCCAGGAUGAUCCUCUGCUGGUUCACUAUAUGCAAGUGGCAAAGAUGCAGAGUGACAAGAACUACAAGAAGGACUACCACAAGGCCAAGCUGAAGUAUCACACCCCAGUGGACAUGCUCAGUGUGGCUCAUGCCAAGCAGGCUUCUGCUGUUCAGACAAUGGCUGGAUACAAGAAGAUCCCCCACAGCUUCUUGCUUCUUCCUGACAACAUGCACCUGCGGCUGUGUCGCAACAUGAUGGAGAUUCAGAGUGACAAUGUCUACAAGUCAGAUUACAACAGCUACUCUAAAGGUAUAGGAUGGGUCCCUAUUGGUUCUCUGGAUGUUGAAAAAGCCAAAACCGCUAAAGCUGCACUGGAUGAAAGAAAUUACCGCCAGCACCCCAGUAAUUUCAAAUAUACAAGCAAGACCGAUGCCAUGAACAUGACUCUGGCUAUGGCCAACACUAAACAGAUGGACAUCACUACAUACAAAGCUUCUGGAGAGAAGUUCAUGCACACCUACCAUCUGCCAUCUGACUGCCCUGAGUUUCUCCAGGCUAAGUUUAAUGCCCAGACUAUUAGCGAGAGUCAUUACAGGCACAAGUGGGUGGAAGACAUUGCCAAGGGAUAUGACAUGAAGCCUGAUGCUAUUCCCAUCCUGCAUGCCAAGCAUGGCAGGCAUAUUGCCAGCAAUGUCCAGUACAAAAAGGCUUAUGAGAAGGCGAGAGGCCACCAUGUUGGCUUCCGCAGCCUCCAGGACGAUCCUCUGCUGGUUCACUACAUG